UCAACAAGAUGCGCUCGUACUAAAUUAAAGUUUUAAUUCUCGUACCGGAGUUGGUAAUAGUACUGGUAGACUGGCAUCUGUAGUUAAUCUUGACAGCUUUGCCUCGGAACAAAGUGCAUGAUUCAUAAUUUUCACAUGAAUCUUUCGUUGGCAUCUGAAUUCCGAUUGAUUGACAGAUAGUGCGUAAGCAGGGAGGGCCGUAAAAUCCAAGAACAGAUUCGCCGAGUUGUACGUAUACGUACGUAAUUGCAAAGGAAUUCAUUUCCCCCUACUUGGAUGAAUGGGUACAAAGUUCGCAACAUUGUAACAGCUGAAAAUUGUUUACCCUUCAUCUUUGGAUUUAUAGAAUAAUAUUUAUCGGGGGAUGGUCAGUUUCAUUCGACACCUAAACAACUCUGAAACCGUACAGUAAUUUCCAACGUGUCUAUAAACAUGGAUGACGAAGAGUAUUUACAGCCUGUAUUGUCGUCACAGGAAGAAGAUUAUUUUCAAAAACUUGAUACGAUACCAUGCGCAACCUCGGCGCUUGUGUUAGGACUCUAGAAAUAACUGGAAUUACUUUUGUCUGUCUUUGGCCCCAGGAGCAAAACAAAUGCGACACUUACUUUAUACUGUUAUACCUUCACUGUGCCUAUUGGUUGGUCAUUAUGCUCGUCGAUCAGUUGCUUAAAUUGAAACACCAUCACCUAAGAAUCAGUGGUUAUCUCGAUUUCUAUCAGUCGACGUAUCAGCAUAUUAGGGCACCUUUCUUUGUCGCUUCUCUUUGGAACACCGCUUAUCUUAUGCUCGCAGUCAUAUUGCAUCAAACGCACCAGACUGAUUAUGAAAAAUACUGCAGAGCCUCUGAGUGGAUCACUCCAGUUAACUAUAUCCUACUCCUCACCACUCUGGAACUUGCAGUUAUCGUACCUACUUACGUGAACUAUAUAAGAAGAGUUGUGAAAUUCAAUCGUCUUCGACCAUUGCCCGAUGUCACCAGAGAAGAAUGGCUGUCUUCUUUCACGCAAGAUUCUUACGCAGGAGGGGGAGAGGUGGGCUGUCAACAGAAAGGAUCAAAGCUAGUCGAAUUACUCGAGAAACAAGCCGACCUCAUUCGAUAUUUGAGAGAUCAUAACGUGAAACUUAGCCACAGGAUGAUGAUGCUGGCUGCGCAACGUAGGGCGACUGAACCAUAGAAAUUGAUGUCAAGUUCUAGAUUUCAUUCUCGAUUUCACUGAUAUUCAACAUGUAGUCGUUGAACUCGAAGUAGCUUCGUUCCCUGCAAAUCCAAAGAAUAGUUUGCUGAUCAAGGAAGUUAAUUGUCGAACAAAUGUUUUUCCCUGUGCUAUGUUCCAGAAUAAUCAAAGGCACGAUGUGUGAUGUAGAAAAUACCAAAUUCUUCCACAGUCACCGUUGCUCUCUCUUAUGUUGACGGAUUUAUUAUUGUAGAUUAACAUUUGCAGGAAUGAUUCUACGCUAUUUCAAUCAUCUACUUUGCCAAGCUUUGGCAAGCUAAUUAUUCAGAAUCUUUGUAAUAUUUGAUUCAAUCAAUCAAAAGUCACGUCGAUAUCCGAUCUCGGACGGAUGAUUAAUUCCUCUGAUCUGUAGCGCGUUUGAGCUUAAAGAAAGGAGUUAUUUGGAGAAACUUCGAUAGAAAAUUCUAUCAGUUGCAAUUUGGCGUGCACAGAAGGAAUCGUUGAUAAAUGGAGCCGGAUCUCGAUUAUUGUACAAAGAGGAGUCAUUGAGGGAAGAAUGGUGAAAAAAUUUCCUCAGACAAUACUGUGAUAUACACCGUAUAUACAACGUAGGAAUGUUUUUGACAAUUCGAUAAUAAAAUAUAUAUAUUUUACAUUCUUAUCGUAAAA